AACAAAUCCAUGUUUAUAUGGAUUUAAUAUCAAUUUAUACAAGAGGUGAAUUGAUAUUUACUGUUUGAGGAUAAUAAUAUGUUCUUUUAGCCUCAGAAACGUCGAGAAGGAACCGGAGAACUCAGUCUCUUUGUUCCAAUUUCCAACCAAAUCCCGAACCUUCCAUCUUCUUCUUCCUUGGAAUUCCCUAGAAACCAACCCAAAAGAACCUAUAAAUCCCGUUAAUCUGCGUUCCUCUACUUUCACCAAUCGCAAGUACCACAAAAAAUGGCAGAAUCAAAGGCAAUACAACUCAUCUUCUCCACAGUCUUCAUCUUUGCUUUUCUAAUCACCUCAUCGCAGCCUUCCCUUCUUCCAUUCAUCGACCCUUUUGGGAUUCUGGAACAAACUCCAUUUGGAUUACUCGAAAACGAAAACAAAGAUGCUCUGCAACAACAGCCACUCCCGCCGGCCAGGGUUGACUGGAAAGAGACAGCGGAGAGUCACGAGAUCAUGGUGGAUGUGCCUGGAAUGAACAAGGAGGAGCUGAAGAUUGAAUUAGAUGAAGAAAACAGGGUUCUGAAAGUGAUCGGAGAGAGGAAAAGAGAAGAGGAGAAACAGAGUGAUCAUUGGCAUAGGUUGGAACGAAGCUAUGGAAAAUUCUGGAGGCAAUUGCGGUUGCCCGUUAAUGCGGAUUUGGAGUCUGUUAAAGCAAAGCUUGAGAAUGGGGUUCUUAAGAUCACUUUGUCGAAGCUUUCACCGGAGAAGAUUAAGGGUCCGAGAGUGGUCGGGAUUUUGGAUGGACAAACCCCAGCCGGAGAGAUAAACAAGUCCGGCGCGGCCAAGCAGGAGUUGUGAGUUUGUUUAUGAGUAUGAGAGAUCAGUUCUCUUGUUGUUAUGUGUUGUGAUGGUUAAUGUUAUGUUAAUGCAGUUUUAUAUGUAAAUUAAGAAUGCAGUUUAUGUUAUGUUGACGGACUAAGAAUUGAAUAA